GAUAUUUCUUAAAAUCAUAGCUACAUUUUGAUCAGAAUGAAACUUCAAAUACUUCUCUUCGUGUCCCUUUGUUUCGUGGUGUGUCUCGAGGCAGCAGAGAAAGUAAAAAACUUGCCGAUGAAGAGAUGUAGUGAUAACUGGCUGUGGGUUUGGUGUAGAAGAGGCAGUGUAGGAAAAUCCGACGGAACAUUGCCAUGUAAUCUCAAUUUAUUUGAUGCAAACAGGGAUGGCGUCAUAACACUAGAGGAAUUUCAGAAACAUGUGACCCCAAAAUCAAGGUCAUAUACCGAGACCAUUUUCUUCAAAAUCGAUGCUGAUGCUGAUGGUGGCAUAACAGAAGCUGAAUUUAAAGACAGCCUGCCAACACUGAGGGCUCAUAAAGUAGCCAACUGUUAAUCAAAUUAGGGAAUAAUGCCAUUGGUAGAAGAGACAACUGCAAGAGUACACAACUGCAAAAUAAAUUUUCAAAGCA